AGCGCAUGAGCAUAAAUAAAAGAACUUGAGAUUUCAACUCAUCCAAAGCUGCUUACAUCAGCUGUCCAUACAUGCCCAACUAUUCUAUGCUAUUCUGUUACAGUAUAGAUCCCAUCUGAUGAACCAUGGCAGGGAUUUCACUGCCCCACGUCCGAAAGCAAGUGGCUCAAUGUUGAUGUAAAUGGUACAGUAUGAAUCAUAGAUGCGGUAACCCUAUACGAGCAACAUCGCUGGAUAAACAGCCCAUGUUUCCAGCGUUAGUCAGGAUUAAAUAGCGUUGCACAACAGUAUACAAACGUACUACUACCUGAAUAUAGUAGGUAGCUCGAUUUGAAAAGCCAUCCGUUGCAGACCUAGUACGGCAAACGAAGCUUCAUCAAGGCAGUAGUAAAGCUUCAUGAUGAAUGGAGAAGAUGAAAGAUACUUGCUCAGUAGACACAACGCAUUGGCCAAUCAAUCGUCAGCUACUUCCGCUUCCAUCCCCAAUGCCCUAGCACUUCUUGAACUUGAUACUACUGUAGCUAGCGGUCGAGAAUCCCUGAAGUCUUGCCGCCUACCGAUAGCCAAUUCCCUGCGCUGGUUUCUUUGAGAGUGGGCUAUAACUGCCCAGGAUUGGAGGUUAGCGCCAAUCCGUUGUAUUGGGCGUGGAGAAGCCUUAUUUGAUCCUGAUAAAGAAGAGCUUACCACAUCCAUAAUAGCAAU